UUACUAAUUAUCUUCAAAAGAUAGAUAAUCAAAAGAGAAAUAAAUUGGUAUCAGAUCAUUCAAAUGACGGAAAAUUAAAACAAUAUCUUAUGAAUAAUUUAAAAAAUCAUUUUCCGGGAUUUGAAUACAUAAUAGAAUAUUCUUGGAAAUCAUGCGAUAAUAAUAAUUGUUAUGGAGAUUUUAUUUUCGCUUCAGAUUCUGGCAUUUUCAUUGUAAUUAAAGCUAAAUGGUUAAAUGUGAGGCGUGGACCUAAUGUAAGAAAGUCAAGAAUUUCUAGUAAUAAAGAAGAUAAAAUUCAAGUUUCAGAAUAUAAAAGUAAAGUUUCAGAAGAAUUUAAUGGAAAAUUUAUCAUAGUUCUUGGAGUAAUAUUUACGAAUAAUCUUGAUGAAAAUAAUGUUAUACUUAAAUUUGUUGAUGAUGAUGGAAUGAUUGCAAAACAUUUUAAAGAAGUUUAUGGAUUUUCUUAUCCAAAGACAAAAUAUGAAUCAUAUGAUGAAUGUCAGAUUUUUUUACAAAAUCGUGAUAAUUUCGAAGAUUCUUCUCAUAAUUAUCAAACAGCGGCUUCAACCAGACAAGUUGAUGAUCCAUCUUAUGGGUCUGUCGCCACACGUGCACUUUCUGGUAUUGCUGCAAUUGUGGCAGCUGGUUAUAUGUUUUACCAAACAUUCAUAAAAAAAAGUGAUGGUAAAUAAAUCUUAUAGUGUUCGAGUAACAUAAUUUAUUUCAAAUGAUGUAUGUUAAAAAAUAAAAUAAUAAA